AUGCCGAAGCCGAGCGCUGUCACGUAUACCUUGUUUGUGUCUAUCAUGAUUCUGAACUUGGUCAUUGCUGUGAUCUUGGAGAGCUACGAGGAAGGCAAAGGGGAAAAGGAGACGGACGUCGUGGAUUAUUGCGUCAAGUUGUGGAAAGAGAGAGAUCCGGAUCUGAAGUUGUAUUUGCCCAUGGAAGAGGCUAUCGCCUAUGUCACUGAUGCCGUGCGAUAUGGCAUGAUGAACCUCCAAAAUGAGGAUGACAGGAUGGCUGCUUCCAUGCCUGCGUUGUCUUCCAAGAAGUUGGCAGAGAUCCCGAUGAAGUUCAUCAACUCCUUGGACCUCCCCUGUGUGGAUGGCAAGGUGCACUUCCGAAAUGCUUUACUUCAGGUCCUCAAGCUCUUGUGCCACCGAUGGGACCCAGAUCUCAUCGAUGAGAUCAAGCAGUUCGAGGAGAUGCUGGAUGCAGAGACGGCGGAGAAGCUCAAGAUGGGCAAGAUCAUGCAGUCUCGACAACAGCAACACCAGGAAGGCACCGUGUCCAUCAAGGACCACGUCGCUGCGAUGAAGAUCCAGCAGAUCGUCCGCGACCGACGAGGCAUUGGCAUGGUCUCGGUGCCUAGCACUGGUGGCCCUCAACCAGGGGCCAACCCUGCCUUCCACGAUGUGGUGAGCUAA